AUAACGCUCGCAACACUCACGCUCGCAAUGACGCGAUCACCCGUUCCACUAACAUGAGCAUUGCGAUAAGUGGAACGAGUGAAGAGCAUCGUUAUUCGUGAUCGAUGUGAUCUUGUAUUUACAGUGGCAGAGAGUAAAAUUCGGAAAAAUAAGUAUGGAGAAAGUAUCUUUAUAUGAUCAUACAAGUGAUAAAAUGUGUGAUGUUAUGUUGUCUCCUGAUGAUGCUCGACGUGCUGUUUCAGAUAUUACUUUUGCUACAUCUGUCUUAAAUAUAGCAAUUUUACAGCAAAAUCAAGAAAAUAACAUGCAAACUGCAGCUAAUGAAAUUGCGACAACUGCAGUAGAUAAUGAUUCGUCAAUAGAUAAGUGUGAAGAAAGAUCUUUAUAUCGAUGGACUGAUUCAUGUGUUAUCUUUUUAUUACAAACAGAAUCUCAUAUUCUUCAUCAGAACUACAACUACUUUCACUGGAAGAAUAAUUCUUCAAUAUCUGUACAACAGAUACAAUUGUAA